AUGGCCAUGUCGAAAGAAGCAAUGGAGGCCAAGAGGUUGGAGUACGAUGUCCGAGGAAACUACCUCAUCUCUUCGGUGGCUGCGAUCGAAACUUUUCUCGAAUCGUACGAUGCUAAUUUGCAUGCGGGUCAGGUACAGGUCAGGUUGGAAAAAUUGGAGUGCUUCUACAAUCAGUACGUUGAGGUGAUCAUUCAGCUCCAGUUACUGCCAUCCUCGGAACCAGCCGUCGAGUACGAGACGCAGCUGUUCAGUUUUGAAGCUCAGUACUACGAGCUGAAGGCGCAGUUGGCUCGUUUGUUGGAACGGAAGCCGCUUAAUGUUCCGUCGACGUCUCGGAGAAAUACUCCCCUCACCAACCAUAUCAAGUACCCCGAAUUGAAGCUUCCAGAAUUUUCAGGAAAUCCUCUCGGAUGGCGUUCAUUUCACGAUUUGUACAACGCUGCUGUUCAUUCGUCUGGCGAAUUGAGUUCUUCGGAGAAAUUCCAGUACCUGAAGAGUAUACUACGAGGUGAAGCAGCGGGUCUAAUUGCGGAAAUUCCCAUCAGUGACGAAAAUUACGCUGAAGCCUGGAAGCGUUUAGUCAACCGGUACGACAACAAGCGGAUACUGGUAAAAUGCCAUCUCGCGGAGCUCUUCGACACUCCUCCGAUGAAGCAAGAAUCGGCAGAGGGACUGCUGAACCUUGUCGACCGCUUCGAUCGGAACAUCGCCAUCCUCAAAAAGCUUGGGGAACCAACGGACACCUGGAGUACGAUUCUCGUCUAUCAGCUCAGCCUCCGCUUAGACCAAAACACACUCCGUGAAUGGGAAAACCAUAUUGUUCGCAAUGUGAUUGCGAAGGAAGAGCCGCAGAACAACCAGAUGUUAAAAUAUUCGGAUAUGGUAAUGUUUCUGCAAGGUCAUGCUCGCGUUCUUCAAGCUCUCGCCCCCAAUCUUGGUCGUUCCCGCGAAGUCAAGGUAAAGUCUUUACCGAAGCAUUCAACGUUGCAUGUUGCUCAAUCGUCGUCUGGGGAAACAACAGGCGGUCGCAAGUGUUUGCAGUGCGGAAGCGAUCAUUUUCUGUACCAGUGCUUCAAGUUUCGCAAACUAUCUCCAAGACAACGAUUCGAUUUUGUGAAACAGCAUCACCUGUGCUUGAAUUGCAUGAAAACCACUUCGCAUGGUUGCAAAGAUUGCUCUUCGGAUGGCUGCAGAAAAUGCAAGAAACGUCAUCAUACGCUCAUCCAUCUGCAACCGUUGGAGUCGAAUUGUUCAGCAUUGUCGUCCAACACCAACAGCAGUCAACAAUCUUCGCCUGCCUCCACCUGUCCACCUGAUUCCGCUUUGAACCAUCCUACACCUGGCCCUAGUGGAUCAAACUCUACCUCAACUCUUGUGUCCGUCCAUCAGUCAGCAUUAGUACCAGUCGCACACCUGUCCACUUCGCCUCAGCCACAAUCGAACCCACCUGCGGCGCUGGUGGCACACUCGGCGAAGCUUCCCAACGAAACAGUUCUACUGUGCACGGCGCUGGUCAACUUCGAGGACAAUUGUGGAGCUCAGGUCGUUGCUAGGGUUCUCUUGGAUAGCUGUUCGCAAUUCAAUUUGAUGACGGAGUCCCUUCAUCAACGUCUAAAUUUACAAGUUUCUCCAGAACACGUCAACCUUGGUGGCGUGGGGCAGCUUGUUACUCCGAUUUCGAAGGCAGUUGAAACUACAAUCUCGUCUCGGAUUUCAGCGUUCGAAAAGAAGCUAAAAUUUCUCGUAUUGAAGACUAUUUCUUGUGACCAACCGGUACACACGAUUACGACGGUAGAUUGGGAGAUACCCAAUUGGAUAACGUUGGCCGAUCCUACAUUCUCUACUCCAGGACCGGUGGAUGCGCUCCUGGGCGCCGGAACUUUCUUUGAGCUAUUGCGUUACGGUAGGAUAACUCUCGGUGAACGCUUACCCCUCCUGCAAAGCACUAUCCUCGGCUGGAUUGUCUCCGGUGAAUGCUCGAAUCAAUCUGCUUCGCCAAUCCAAAGCUGUUUUCUCACCCAAAACCAAAAACUUGAACAGUUGGUGGCACGCUUUUGGGACUUGGAACAGUGUUCGCCGACUAAUUGCUGGUCUCCAACAGAGAAGGAAUGUGAGCGUCACUUCUUAGCCAACGUAUUUCGCAACGAAGAGGGUCGAUAUCAAGUUCGUCUUCCAGUGAAAAAAGAACUCCUGCUUCGUCUUCAGAACAACAAACACAACGCAAUGCGUCGGUUUCUCGCUCUCGAGCGGAAACUGAACGCGAACCCCACACUACGUGCUCAAUACGAAGAGUUCAUCAACGAAUAUUUGCGUUUGGGCCAUAUGCGGGAGAUACCACAGGAAGAAUUGGCAGCAGAAAACGACGAUGUUCCGCAGUUCUACCUACCGCAUCACGCCAUUCUUCGUCCUGACAGCACGACCACGAAGCUCCGCAUUGUUUUUGAUGCUUCCUGCAAGAGCUGCUCUGGAUUAUCGUUGAAUGACGUCCUUCUGACUGGUCCAACUAUCCAGGACACGAUCAACGCAAUCGUUCUCCGUUUUCGGAUGCCAGCUUUUGUCAUCAUGGGUGAUCUCUGCAAAAUGUAUCGCCAGAUCCUCAAGCAUCCUCUCGACCAACGACUUUUACGGAUUUACUGGCGAAAGAACAGCGCGGAGCCGGUGAAGGUGUUUCAACUCCUGACCGUUACAUACGGUACCAGUUCUGCUCCAUUCCUCGCUACACGUGUCCUGCAGCAGCUCGCGGAGGAUGAACAGCAUCGAUUUCCUUUGGCGGCGGUGGUUAUCCGCAAGGACAUGUAUAUGGAUGAUUUACUCACGGGAUGCGACGAUCUAGAGAAGCUCAGGUAA